AGGCAUAAUAGGGAAUACCUGGUAUAAGUGUGGUCGCUACUGGUGUCCAUCUCCACAGACAAGCACUUAGCCACACUACUAAGCCACAAAAAGGUGCCUUUAUUAAAUACAUUGCAUCACAUUACAACGAGGAUUACGAUCCGGACAACAGCUGCAGAUACCCUCAGCACCCUCACUAGCCGCGACUUCCCUCACAAUCCUAGAACUGCGUAUAUCCGUACUACAUACUCUGAACAAACACCUCGGUCCUCGUUAUCCUAGAGUCUCGACUUCUGUUAUGAUCUGAGGCCGCUAUUCUCCAUCGAAACCGAGAUUCCCUUAAUCAACUCCUACCCUCACCCUCAUCCCAAUCGACCUAUGAGCCUCGUCUAUAUCCUCGUCCUGCCGACUGCCCUAAGCUCUGUCGACGACACCCGAGGAAUGCCUCUCACUCCAUAGUCCCUCCUCCCGCGAAAUGACCGUGUCCGACCGCGAAGUAUGCCUCAACCCUACAAAAGGUUUAGCAACACUCACAAAAUACUAUCCUACGAAAAUAUCUAUACACCAUCAUCAGCUGCGCCAUUUCAUCAGUGCCUCUGAUGCCGACUUCAUCUACUAUGCCACGAACUAUGACGUUUUCGUCCUUGACCUCAAAACACAGCAGAACUCCCUCCUAGCGACAAUUCCAUUCGAAGCAAGAUGUCUCGCAGCAGAUCUGGGCUGGGUAUGCGUGGGCGGAGAGUCGAAUGGAGAUUGCGCGUUUAUCAAGGUUGAAAAAGAUGAACACGGCCAUCCGAAGUGCUUCGGUCAUGAUCUAUUGGUCUACUUUAUGGGAGGUGAGAUUGUCAACUCGAUGAGCAUACACAACAUGGUCCACAAGGGAAACACUCCGGAUGAAACGGUGGUUUUGAUCAGCAACAAUGACAAGACAGUGAAGCUAUAUUCCCUCGCGCAACGAAAGCUUCUGGCUACCUUGCCUCAUAAAGUACCCAUGAAUUAUUCGACAAUGUCGCCGGACUCAAGAAUUAUCGCCGCCGUGGGUGACUCCGACCGGGUCUACUUCUAUCGGCGUGAGCUAGACGAGGACGAUAAGUCUCUGCAAUAUCCCGCGUAUGAAUGGAAAUCUAUCUCCGAGGUGGCUGUUCCUACAGGAGACGUCGUCGAGGCCGACUUCAGCUUCGCUGUUGCAUUCUCACCUUCUGGCCAUCUAUGCGCUUCCUCCUCCCAGGGCGGCUCAAUAUCGGUCUUCGAUGUUGAAACGCUUCUCUGUGGUGAUCUUGCGCCUGAAAAAUCCAUCAUAUGUACCUUUCGCUCAUCUCGACCUACUUUGUGGGGCUGUGUAAGGGCGAUGGCAUUUUCACCUGCACCAUGGGAUAUUCUUGCUUGGGCCGAAGAUCACGGGAGAAUUGGGCUAGCAGAUGUCAGACAGUGCUUCCUGCGACGACAAAUUGUACACCUGGACAGACACGGGGCUGAGACAGUGGACAUGGAGAACGGUACCCCCGUGGCUUAUCGUGAUCUAGGCGUUAAGGAACGUCUCAAACAACAGCAUCUUGCUCGCAUGAGGGUCAUCGGAGGACUGUCUCCUCAGCAAGCAGACGCCGAAUUAAACAUAAGCGAGGUCUUAGAGUCCGGAGAUCGAUAUAAUCGGCAUGAUCUGUUAACCUAUCAUCAAGGUCUUGAUCUGGGUGCCCAAGAAAGAUCUAUCAUUGAAGCACUGGAAACCACAAUGCACAAUGUGAGGCCUCUCGAUCCAUCGCUUGAUAAUCUCAACACCCCUACACAUCUCCAGCAUGUCUCUUCCCCCCGGACGAGAAGCUCGGCCGACAGCAGGAGAGGCUAUGACGUGCAUCUGUUGAACCCUACAUCAGGUUCAGCCGCUUCCCGAUCCUAUCAGCCUAGGAGGAGAACAUCGGUGGUUUUCUCGCAACCUGGUGCCAAUGAUGGCCGACUUUUGGAUCCAAAUGAAAAUCAAAGAAGCAGACUCUCUGCAUCUCCUGGCCGUAUUGGCGACGACGAUGAUUUGUCCGACCUGAAUGCUAGAGCUCCCGUGCCAUCAGGUAAUAUUCCACCAGGAGACCCUUGGCAUGUCAUACAAUCUGCGCUCUUGACUGCGCGAGAAACAGACGACAACCAAUCAAGUUUGUUCCGUAUCGAAGGAGCUCUGGAGGCUGAGAGACGAAUUGCUUUACAUCUCGAGCGACAAUUAGCAGACGAGCGGCAGUUGUCAACAUUGCUUCGCAGGCAGCUCGAUACCCAACAACGAUUGCUGCGAGAGAACUCGACUCAAUUGGACCAACUUCGUGAAGUAGCCAGAGAAUCCAAUACUCAUGUGGAAGCUUCUCUAGAGCGUUUCUUCCAGAGGCAACUUGCCGACGAGGAGCGAUUUCUCCGACAGCGGUCGCAAGAGUUGCAGAGAGAACUCGAUGCAGGAGAAAAUUACGCUCGUAGACUCUCGGCCGAACGAGCUCGAUUAUUAUCAGACAGAUCACGCGGUGAUUCCACGGCAGACAGAGAGCCGAGCUCCGCCAGGACUACGACGUUGCCCACGUCUACCGUGCCGUCUUCUGAGACAAGCAACAACCUCUCUACUCUGCUAACAGACUACGUUGAUGCAAGACAGCAGAGACUUGCACACAUUGAGAACUUGCAAAGACAAGUGCGUCGUGCCGAGUCACGAGUAGCCCUUGCCACCAACGAUAUCCAAGCUUUAGAAGACUCUAUACGCCAAGAAUUGGCUCGCCCAAGCCGUACUCGCGAAUUUGCUGGUGACGACGCGUUCGAUGCCAUGAUGCGCAUAGUAGAUGAUCCUGUACCAGAUUGGCGGACUCAGCAUGACGGUGCUCCUCCUACCAGGCGACGUGCCCAACCGUCGAUGGCUCGACUCCGUGAAGCCCGGAUGGAGCGCAUUUCAGAGCUGGCAGGUCGCGUCCCAGAUGCAGAAGUCCGACUUGCUCGAAUGAUGUACAUGUCUGGUAUGUCUAGUAACAGGUCUCUCGAUGGAAAUGGGAACUGGACACCCGGCGCGGGACUGUCCAGGGUUUUGGCCGGACCAUCGAGUCUCGCUAGAGCAGGAGAGCCCUCUCUUCCAUUGGCAAGCUCUGCAGAGGAUGCCAUGCGAGAAAUGGGUCCAGGCACAGCGGGUAUCGGAUUUAGCCCUGACGGUCAAUAUCUCUACGCGGGCUCUGAGGAAGGCGUCUUUGAGUUGAAAAUCAACAUGCGCGAUCGCAUGACCUUUCCAGCACUUGAGAUGCGAUGAUUGUCGCUUGACGAUGACGACUGGAGGGAAAUAUGGAAAUUGAUCUGCUCCGGCUCACCAACCUCCAUCUUUUUUAUGUGCUAAUGUAUCUUUAUGACCUUGACGAUAGUUUUGUGAGCUUAUUUACGGGGUUCCUUUUGACGACGGUCACGCCAAAAAUGGAGCAAACAGGCGCGUCCAUAACCUGCUGUUGACCAUGCAUUGGGUUUGUUGUCAUUCGACCUUGCUUCUCAGUGGUGGCAAGAACAAAAUAAGGCUUUAAUUUAAAACAGUACAUAUUUUUUUUGCUUUUAAUUUUAUGAUCGUUUUGGGUG